UUUCCAAAGACGAAAAAGAAAUCAAAAUGCUCUUUCUCUUUUUAACUGAAAUCCCUUUAUAUUUAGCAUGCCCAGUGAUCCAGAUACUUCCCAAUACGUGGGUCAUAAUAGGUGUACGUUUCUUUUUCCUCAGCUUUCAACCCCCAGAAACGCUUGAAUUCAUUGCGAAAGCUGAAGAAAAAAGAAAACAAAAUCCAAAUUCUAGCUGAAAUCCUUCAAUCUCCAAGUCCUCCCCUUGUUAAAUUCUCCCAUUUUCAUUAGAUUUUCAUCCUAGAAAGGAAGAAGAUCCUAUUCAAGGAUUGCAAAUUUUUGAAAGAAGAGCAGAUUUUUUUUAGGGGUUUCUGUGAAGAAUCUGAGAGGAGAUCUGUCUGUAAAUAUGGGUAAUAUAAAUUCAGGUUCUGAAGAUAGUGAUGGCAACUAUCAGGCACCUGUUAUCUUGAAUAUUUACGAUCUUACCCCUAUCAACAAUUAUACCCGUUGUGUUGGUUUGGGGAUUUUUCAUUCUGGGAUUGAAGUUCAUGGUUUGGAAUAUGGAUUUGGAGCACAUGAUUACUCUGCAAGUGGAGUUUUUGAGGUGGAACCAAAGCGAUGCCCUGGUUUUCUAUACAGAUGCUCAGUGCAGUUGGGAUAUACGAAAAUGCCACCUGCUGAGUUCCGGUUAUUUAUGGAGGAUGUAGCUUCAGAAUACCAUGGUGACACCUAUCAUCUGAUCACUAAGAAUUGCAACCAUUUCACAGAAGACAUGGCCAUGAGAUUAACUGGCAAAGAGAUUCCUGGAUGGGUGAACAGGCUUGCCCGAAUAGGUGUCAUGUGCAGUUGUUUGCUUCCUGAAAGCCUCCAAGUAACCACGGUUAAACAGUCGCCGGAGUUUCACAAUUGUUCCGAGGAAGAUGGCUCUGAGUCUCAAUCCACGCCAACCACACGCGAACCUACAGAAAUUGAUGAAGCAGAUCAAGCUGAUAAACACCUCCUCUCUCCUACUAACGCGGGUGGAAUUGAAGUUUCUUUUGUCCGAGAAUCAUCUGUCAGGUGAAGUGGUGAAGUCUUGGUCUCUCUGUUUCUUUUGUCAGAGAGUAGCCUUGGUAUAAACAUCAAUUCAAAGGAAUACUUUGGUAUGCAUGGUGGUUCUGCAGAAUGAACUACCUUGGUUGGGAAUGUAUUAUAGUCCAUGGUUGUGUAUAAUUACAUUUUUGGUAAACGAGUUAAAUUCCGGGUUGAUCAGCUUAGUGUGACGUUUGUCACUUUAUCUUACAGUUGUUCUUGUCUGUCUUAAUGGUAUGAAGCACUCUCCUUUCCAGUAAAAGAUGUUAGGAUCUUUUUUGGAAACAUAAAUUGUUGGGAAAAUGAAUGAUUUGGCUUGGUGUGUUUGGAUGUC